AUGCAGAACAAGACCCGCGCUUCUCAUGCAGAAAAAGACCCUCCUUCUCCUGUAGAACAAGUCCCUCCUUCUCAUGCAGAACAAGACCCUCCUUCUCCUGCGGAACAAGACCCUCCUUCUGCUGUAGAACAAGACCCUCCUUCUCAAGCAGAACAAGACCCUCCUUCUCCUGCGGAACAAGACCCUCCUUCUCAUGCAGAACAAGACCCUCCUUCUCCUGUAGAACAAGUCCCUCCUUCUCAUGCAGAACAAGACCCUCCUUCUCCUGUAGAACAAGUCCCUCCUUCUCAUGCAGAACAAGACCCUCCUUCUCAUGCAGAAAAAGACCCUCCUUCUCCUGUAGAACAAGUCCCUCCUUCUCAAGUAGAACAAGACCCUCCUUCUCCUGCGGAACAAGACCCUCCUUUUCCUGUAGAACAAGACCCUCCUUCUCAAGCAGAACAAGACCCUCCUUCUCCUGCGGAACAAGACCCUCCUUCUCAUGCAGAACAAGACCCUCCUUCUCCUGUAGAACAAGUCCCUCCUUCUCAUGCAGAACAAGACCCUCCUUCUCCUGCGGAACAAGACUCUCCUUCUCCUGCGGAACAAGACCCUCCUUCUCAUGCAGAACAAGACCCUCCUUCUCAUGCAGAAAAAGACCCUCCUUCUCCUGUAGAACAAGUCCCUCCUUCUCCAGUUUCACCAAGUUCUGAUUGUGCAAAUGGAGGAGAGACAGUUCGGGUGACCAACGAAACACUUUCAUGCACUCAAAACGAUGCCAAUGAUAAGCUCAACAAUAAUGCUCAAAAUGUCAGGAUUUUUGAAGCUACUGCUGCCAUUGCCAAGUUACAUGAGAUGCCUUGUGCAACCACAAAAAACAAAAGUAGUGAAUGUGGGAUGCAUGAUCAUACAAUUACCACAUCCACUACCAAGGAAGAAUUGGUGCUACAUGUACCUCCCUUGCAUAAUCUGACUUCCAAUGUCAAUGAUACAGUUACCUCUAUCGAUUUGCAUCAAAACACAGGCACAUCUUGGGAUCCACAGAAAUCAGUUGAUGCAAUUGAUCAAGCUAGCCCAGAUCUUCUUAUCCAUUCUUCUAUUGAUCAAGGAACUUGCCAACAGGAUGGUUACAAAAUUGUUCUGCCGCAUGAAAAUCUUCCUCCGAUUACUGCUGCUGCCACUCCUGAGUCAUUUGAGAUGCCUGGUACAGACAUGGUCAACAAAAACUGUGAAUGGGUGAUGAGUGAUUCCAAAAUCACUACAUCAAUGACCAAAGAAGAAUUGUUGGCCCCUCUUUUAACUCAUGCACCUACAUGUAUUAAUUUGUGUCAAAACACCAACACGUCUUGGGAUCCACAAAAAACAACUAUUGUUCCAGCUAGCCCAGAUCUC